UACACCCAAAGGCUCACCGAUAAGUCCCCAUUUUUGGAUCAAAGAAAAGUCUCGUUAAUUUAAGAAGCUCAGCAGCGCCUAAAGACGGCCAACUGGCCCAUGUAUCCAACAAUUGCCUACUUUGUUGAAGAUGCAGAAUGUGGUACAGAAUUCUGCUUCUGAAAGUGUAAGGAACUGCGUGAAACAGCACGAGGUCGGGCAUCGUGCAUUGGCCAACCCAGCAGCAGCUACUCCUGCGACGUCCGCUGCCAGUGCAAAGCCGAGCAAGCCUAGCAAAGGCAAUUCCGUCCCGAAGAGCAAUCACAUCGCGGGCAGAAGCAACAACCACCCAACAUCAACUCAUCAACCUCCAACACCCAAUCUGAAUCACAAGACUGUUACUGUGACAGACCUAGCCACCUCUUGUUCAACAGCCCUAGCUACUGAGAUAGCUAUCCAACAAGUCAAGCAAAGCAGAUCAUAUCGUCAAUAUAUGCCUGAUUCUUCUGACAGUGACAGUGACGACGUCCUUUCGGUGGAAUCUUUUUUUGUGGAGGAGUCGGAAGUGGAGGGCUGUGCGGACGACUGCCGAUGCCCCUCGUCUUCGGCCUCGUCGCUGGACGCGCCACGAUUCCUGCUGGCGGCAGCGGCAGCUGCCCAACACGACGGUCACAGCAUUGGCGAACUACCACGCAUCGACCCCGACACACAAGCCAGGAUUGAAGCCCUCCUCGAGGCUGCAGGAAUCGGUAAACUAACUGGAGGAGACAGCAAACGACUCGGUGAUCAAGAAGUACUCAGUCGGUUAACGUCCAGCGUAUCCUGUGCACUGGACGAAGCCGCUGCGGCAUUAACUCGUAUGCGAUCCGAAAACUCGAGUAAUUUUCACCAAGAAGCCCGGUCGUUAGUGGAAGCCUGCACUGACGGCGACGUCUCCGCUGUGCGGCGUUUGCUAGACGAAGGACGUAGCGUUCACGAAACCACGGAGGAAGGCGAGUCAUUGUUGUCGCUGGCCUGUUCGGCUGGCUACUACGAACUGGCGCAGGUGUUGCUUGCCAUGCGGGCCAACGUAGAAGAUCGUGGCGUCAAGGGCGACUGUACACCACUGAUGGAGGCGGCCUCAGCCGGUAACGCGGAUAUUGUUCGCCUGCUGCUGGAACACGGCGCCGAAGUCAACGCCCAGUCGUCAUCGGGUAACACACCAUUAAUGUACGCCUGUGCUGGUGGCCACGAGGAGGUAGUCACUCUCCUACUGGAAGCCAACGCCAAUGUGGAGGACCAUAACGAAAAUGGCCACACGCCGCUAAUGGAAGCCGCUUCGGCCGGCCAUGUCGGCGUAGCGAAAAUUCUUUUGAACCAUGGUGCCGGCAUCAACACCCAUUCGAACGAGUUCAAAGAAUCUGCCCUGACUCUGGCCUGCUACAAGGGUCAUUUGGAGAUGGUCCGUUUUCUUCUAGAAGCUGGUGCCGAUCAAGAACAUAAAACUGACGAGAUGCACACAGCUCUCAUGGAAGCCUCGAUGGAUGGUCACGUCGAGGUUGCCCGGCUUCUUCUCGAUUCGGGAGCCCAAGUUAACAUGCCCGCCGACAGUUUUGAGUCACCACUAACAUUGGCUGCAUGCGGUGGUCAUGUAGAACUGGCCAUGCUCCUUCUGGAACGUGGAGCCAACAUCGAAGAAGUCAACGAUGAAGGUUACACGCCGCUGAUGGAGGCAGCACGUGAGGGACACGAAGAAAUGGUAGCGUUGCUACUUAGUCAGGGCGCCGACAUCAACGCACAGACUGAGGAGACGCAAGAGACAGCCUUGACUCUUGCCUGCUGUGGGGGCUUCUCUGAAGUUGCCGAUUUUCUCAUCAAGGCCGGUGCUGAUAUCGAACUAGGAGCAUCCACGCCACUUAUGGAAGCAGCGCAAGAGGGCCAUCUUGAUCUGGUCCGUUAUCUUCUAGAAGCUGGCGCCAAUGUUCACGCUCAAAGGAACGGGGAUACGGCUUUGACUUACGCGUGCGAGAACGGACAUACCGAUGUGGCUGAAUUGCUUCUGCAAUACGGCGCCGAUUUGGAACAUGCGUCUGAAGGAGGACGUACACCUCUUAUGAAAGCAGCCAGGGCCGGUCACCUCUGUACCGUUCAGUUUCUCAUUGCAAAAGGAGCCGAUGUUCACAGGCAAACUACCAACAAUGAUCACACACCGCUCUCUUUGGCUUGCGCCGGUGGCCAUUUGGCAGUCGUAGAGCUUUUGCUCCUGCACGGGGCCAAUCCAUUUCAUCGUUUAAAAGACAAUUCGACCAUGAUUAUAGAAGCGGCGAAGAGCGGGCAUACUCAGGUUGUGCAGUUGCUACUCGACUAUCCCAGUUCCAUCCUGGUGACACCCGAUCAAGCCCAACUACCACCGGGCAUGAACUCAAGUGGCCAAGUGGUCCCUAUCGCAUCGGAGGAUUCGAUUGUUCCAUCACCUGCAGUAGUCACGGAUUCAGUUCCUACGGCAGCACCGCGAGUGCCGCCUGUCGGAGGAGUGACCACUACGGUUCCUACCACUGCACUGGGAGGAAGACCGGAACCGCAGGGAGCAGUUGCCGCUGCCUUAACCAGCCUUCAUUCGCCCAAUACCUCGCUGCCAGCCAUCGCAGCCUCUCUGACCCCUCUCACCGGAUCGUCCAAUCUAAGUCCGAGUGCGGGAGGAAACCAUUCAAUCUCAACAUUGGCGGCGGCCGCCCAGAAAAUGCUGACUAAGAAGCCGCUUGAAACAUCCACCUCCACCCCCGUCGCUCCCGCGGCCGAAUCUGAACAUCCAUCUUCGGCGGGGACGAAGAACGUCGCGCCACCUUCCUGUGAGCAUCCAUCUGGUACCGUCACCUCGACGGCCAGUAUUUCCUCGGAAAGUAAACUGUUGCCGGUCCGCUUCCCUCUGUCAGCUGAGGGACUUUCAUUUGAGAAAUCCCAAUUGGUAGAAGAAUUAGAGAAGAUCGAACGUGAAUUGCGAGAUAGAGCCCAAUGGUCAUCACAGGCCAGUAACACGUCUGGCUCUCAAUCGAGUCAUAGUACGGCUCUAAGCCCGGCAACCGCUGCCGCAUUGACGCACAUGCUCAAUAUGGAGGUUGAAUUGAAUCGACCCGGCGGGAGUGGAAUGGGAGGGAGCACCCUUGUGGGUCUGACUACACCGACACCCGUUAAUUUGGAAGACAUUGUCAAACUCCUUGAAGAGCUCCCUCCUCUUGAGUUUGAAUCUACCCGACCGUCGCCCGCCCCACCUGUGCCCAACCAGACUACGCCUUCCCCUUCAGUUCCUUCGAUCCUUCCACAGCCGGUACAACAGCAACCGAGAGAAAGCGUCAUAGUCACGAACCCCAACGUUGUCAGUAGCAGUUCCGCGCCCAGCACAAACGCCUCUAAUGCUGUGACGCCUGCCGCCAUUUCACCGGCUUCACUACCCCCAGCCGAAAGACCAAAAGCCAAAGCAGUCAAGAAGGAAAACAAGAUUCUCAAGAAGCAGCAGCAGCAGCAGCAACAACAACUACUACUACAGCAGCAGCAGCAGCCUGCUCCUCAACAACAGCAACAGCAGCAGCAGCAACAGACAUCCCAAAUUCAACAAGCACAUCAACAACACUGGCAAGUUCCCGCUAAUGCGGUCCAACAGCAACAACAACAACAAUGCCAGCAACUGCAACGGCUACAACAACUCCAACAACUACAGCAGUUGCAACAGUUGAAUCAACACCUGCAGCAGCAGGUAAUGCAACAGAGACAUUUGAAGCAGCAAAAUCAAGCCACUUUGGCUGCUUUGCAACAAAACGCCCUCCAGAAUCAGGCGCAGUUGGCUGCGCUUCAGCAAAAUGUGGCACAACUUCAGCAAUUGGAGCAACAAGUUUUGGCACCGGCCUACACCGCUGGUGCGGCCCAAGGUCCAUCGGCGGCAGCAGCCACGGCCCAAUUUCAGCAAUGUGUCCAGCAGAUUCUUCAGCAAAAACAACAACUUCAACAACAAAUUCGACAGUUUCAGCUCCAAGUUGAACAGCAGCUAGCUUUCCCUCAGCAGCAGAUACCUCCAUUGGCUGCUGCGGCGGCUGGUGGUGGAAGUGUUCAGCCGGCAACGGCCAGUCGAGUUGAAAGAAACAACCUCGAUGGUGAUGUUAUCGCGGACACGGCAGCCAUUGCAAAGUUUCCACCUUACAAUAGCGACGAUGUCAACGGCGAUGAAGUGAAAUCUCCAAUCCGUGCCGAGAAACGCCCCAUUGACAACACGUCCAGUGAGGAUUCGUCGUGCAGUUCCACAACCGGAGGCCUGCAAGUCACUGGGGCUCCUGUUCCCCUUUUGCGACUCAAGAUGUUUCGGUUGCUGCGGCAAAUAUCGGCAUACAAGUCCAGAGCGCAGCGUUACCCAACGGAUCCACGGCUCAGUGUGUCACGGGAAUCACCUUUCAACCUCUGUCGGGGACCAAUGUUUCAAUACCCUGUUCUGCCUAUUCGGGUUCGAAUGCCCAGAAAUGGAUCACCUUCAACCACCUUAAUUCAUUAUCAGCAAUUACAGUCUGCCUCGACGACCAAUGUUCAGACAGGUUCCGUUUCUGCGUCCGGUCUUCAAGUAGUCACUUCCCAAACGCCAAGUUUGGCAAUUCACCAGCAAAUACGGCUGCAGUCGCUACAAAUACCGACAGGUCAAGCAGCUCUCGAGCCAAUGGUUUCUGCCGGCCCUACUUCUGUGGCUGCACCAGGUACGUUGGACACGAAAUGGUCGGGAUUUAAUAUGGGAACUUUUACGGUUCCGCAUCCGCCAGCCACCACCGGCGAUCAGCAACAGCAACCUCAGAUUUCUGGAGGUUCGCUUCCCGUUUCCGUCCAAUUGGCCAGCUCCUCAACGGAUAAAAAGACCAAAAGUGGUAAAAAAUCGAAAGUUGCAUCUGCGGCAACGCAACAGCAGAUGUACUCUGCUCCUACUACUGAUGCAAGCGGACUAGCCAUAGGAGGAAUAGGAUUAACUGGGGUCAAUGGCGUUGUUCAAACUGGACAGGCUGCUUUCGAUCCUGAUUUUGUAGAUUACGCUGACUACAAUCCCGACUAUUCUUCCUUCCUACCUGGUGUUGUACCGCCUGGAACGGCAUCUGUCCCUCCAGGGUCUAUGGCAGCCUCCAUACCUUCAGCGCACUAUGCAAGCAUGCCUGCAGGUGCUGCUGGGAUGUCGUCUGCCGGUGGUCUUCCAGUUCCUGCUUCCGUUCCACCGUCUGGAACAUCUGUUGUGACGGGAGGUGCAGUUGUUCCUAACGCAACAUCUGCUAGCCAAUACAGUCAACCUUUAUUACCGAUGCUGGAUCUGGAUUCCGAAACGGAUUCAAAUCAUGAUACUGCACUGACACUGGCUUGUACGGGUGGCCACGAGGAAUUAGUUGAGCUGCUCCUAUCCAGGAACGCCAACAUCGAGCACCGUGACAAGAAAGGAUUUACUCCGUUGAUCUUGGCCGCCACAGCCGGGCACGAAAAGGUUGUCGAAGUUUUGCUUAAUCAUGGCGCUAACAUCGAAGCCCAGUCUGAGCGGACAAAGGAUACAGCCCUCUCGUUAGCAUGUUCAGGUGGUCGCUACGAGGUGGUCGAACUCCUACUUAACCGUGGGUCCAACAAGGAGCAUCGCAACGUUUCGGAUUACACGCCUCUCUCUUUGGCCGCUUCAGGCGGUUAUGUUAACAUUAUCCGACUGCUGUUGGCCCACGCCGCCGAGAUCAACUCGCGCACGGGAUCCAAGCUAGGCAUUUCGCCGUUAAUGCUUGCCGCUAUGAAUGGUCAUGUGGCUGCCGUUAAGACAUUAUUGGAGAUGGGCAGUGACAUUAAUGCCCAAAUCGAGACAAACAGAAACACUGCGCUAACUUUAGCGUGUUUCCAAGGAAGACACGAGGUCGUGCAACUUCUACUGGAGAAAAAGGCCAAUGUGGAACACCGUGCCAAGACUGGAUUAACUCCUUUGAUGGAGGCAGCAAGCGGUGGUUACGUUGAAGUCGGCCGAGUACUCCUUGACUACGGCGCUGACGUCAACGCGCCUCCCGUACCCUCUUCGCGCGACACUGCGCUCACCAUUGCAUCCGACAAGGGUCAUGUCGACUUUGUGGAACUUUUACUGCAACGUGGUGCUCAGGCCGAUGUCAAAAAUAAGAAAGGCAAUUCACCUCUGUGGCUCUCUGCAAAUGGUGGACACCUAGAAGUGGUGGAGCUGCUGUACAAAGCCAAGGCAGAUAUCGAUUCGCAGGACAACCGCAAAGUUUCUUGUUUAAUGGCAGCAUUCCGCAAGGGUCACGUUAAAGUUGUGAAAUGGAUGGUGAAACGAGUGACUCAGUUCCCCUCUGAUCAGGAAAUGACACGAUUCAUUUCGACGGCUGUCGAUAAGGACCUUCAAAAAUGCCAUCAUUGCAUGGAGGUUAUCCGAGCAGCCAAAGAUCACCAGGCAGCCGAGGCCAAUAAAAAUGCCGCUAACUUACUUGAUGAGCUCGAUAUGGAAAAGAUUCGCGAAGAUUUGAAACGAGCAGCUGCGGCUCGCAAGCGAGAAAAGAAGAAGAGGAAGAAGCAGAAAAAGCAAGAGAAACGUCGUGCCGAGAGCGACGACCUCGAUAACGAUUCCCAGGAAAAUGGCAACGAUAACGACGAUGAUAAAGAUGGCGAAAACGGAGAGGAUGCAAUGAGCGAAACAGGUGAUAUUCCUGAUUUUGUGGAACCUCCUCCGACUAAUAAUAACAAGGAAGCAGAAGAGAAGCAAUCUUCCAAAGCCAAGAAGAGUAAGAAAGGCGCCAAAACAGCCGCAUUCGAUGCCGCCAUCAGCGUGGAAGAUGCUGUCGUUGUUGAAGUUUCGAAAAGAAAGGAGAAAGAAAUGGAACCGGAGAUUCAGCAGUUUACCAAGAAAACAUCUCCGCCGCCACUGGUCACCACCAGCACCUUCGAAGAUUCAUCUCUAUUGUCGAGCCGGGCCAGCAAACGGAAGAAGGAAAACGUGUUGUUGGAUAGUUUGAUUAUCGCAACCGAGAAAUCGGCCAAGAUGCCUACUCCUCCGAGUCAACAUCAGCAACGUAAUGGCCCGGAAUUGGACACACUAAAAGAAAUGAAUAAUAUUCCAUCGGCCCUAAAAUCGUUGUCACCCACUUCUCUGACAAGUCCCAAACGGCCCGUCAAGAGGGAAGAAGGCUGGAAGGAAGUUGUACGUCGAGGACCAGUCAGCAGUCGGGAGAACUCGAGUUCAAAUUUGGGCUCAACUUCAGCUGGAGGGAAGAAAAGCCAAUCUAGCGACCGUUCAUCGGGUACCUUGUCCGUUAUACAAAGCUCUGAGCGAUCGAAGAAAGUGACUGUUCCUUCGAACGCUAUUAGCCGUGUCAUUGGCCGAGCAGGAUGCAACAUCAAUGCCAUCCGUGAAAUUUCCGGUGCCCACAUUGAGAUUGAGAAACAAGGCAAAGGCCAGGGUGACCGUACGGUUUAUAAAGGUCUGGCGGAAUCCAUCCGCCAGGCACAGCAACUCAUCAGCGCAUUGAUCAAAGAACCUGAGAAAGAGUUUAACGAGUUAAUGGCCAAAUUCCGAGCCGCCAAUGCAGCGGCAAAAGCAGGAGCCUCCGCUACAAGCGCCGGAGGGAAAUCCGCGACCGCAACGACGGCAUCCGCUGCAUCCCAGCCUAAAGUAACCCGAUCCGCCACGACAAUCGCAUCCAGCAAGCCUACAACAACUGCUCCAGUUUCUGGUCAGCCUGCUCCUGUUCCAAGUACUGUUGCAUGGGGAGCUAUCAAUACCCUGAUUGUCGCUGCUUCCUCUCCCAAAAAGGUAGUGUCUACCUCAGGAUCGAAGACCCCACCCGUUACCUCGGCUCCUUUGCUUGUUCAGCAGCAGCAACAACAACAGCAACAGCAGAAGAGUGGAGCUGUGCGUCAAUUGUUUCCUGAAGCUAAUCCAACAGUGAUCGCACCCGCAGCGAAGAAAGCCAUUGCUAGCGUUCCAGCUGCUACCACAUCCUCUGCAGCGAUGAAGCCAGUCGUGUCUUACACCGUGGCCGGUAGCAGCGCGUCAGUUCCAACUACCAGUAGUUCAGCCUCGACGCGCACUACCCCGGUCAUUUCGGGUCAAAUCCCAGCACCACCGGCCAAACUAUCUCCGCAGCAAAUCGCUCCUCAGGCGCCAUCUAAGGUGUCGGAUAAAACAUCUCCACUCAUGUCUGCCUCUCUAGUGACAAGUCAACAACAGCAAAUUCCAGUCCAACAACAGCCGCAGCCUGCUACUUCGCAAGCGCAAAUGAACCAACUGGGACCCGUCUGCAGUGGCCAAGCCCAGCACAUUUCUGGUUCGUCUUCGGUCUCCGUUCCCAAUUCAAACAGCUUGGUUUCUUCAAGGCCUAAUUCUGCCAGUCCUGUUCAAGAUUAUUCGCCGUUUAACAAUCUCUUCAGCAAAGUGGCGCAACAAACCAUGUGGGCCAGGGAGCUCCAGCAACAACAGCAGGGUUCGAAAUCGUCGUCAAAGAAUUUCGCUAGCGUGGCUGCUGCUGGAGUCAGUCCCAUACCGUCUAAGACUCCCACGUCCUUGUCUAACUCCCUAACCGGCCACCAGGCGGACCUUGGACCAUCUCUUCAUGUUGUGGAUGCAGCAAAAGCACCUGGCUACCGUGGGAAUUUGACAGCCUCUAACCAAUCACAGAGUGAAAUGUCAUCGAUGGACUUGCCGACUUCAUUGGCAUCCAGCGCUCCGGGAACACCGAUUCCGAGCUCGUGUCCUAUUCGAGCUCCAGUCGGCAGCCGUCCGCACCCGCUAACACCACCGCCACGGAUUGGGACACCUCCCUUGUUUAACCCGACUCCGAUUCAACCUUUAGGUCCUGUCGGAACUCGAAACAUGCAGUCAAAUCAGCAGUCGGGCGGUCCGCCAGAUUCGCACAUGAUGCCUCCGCCUCCUGCUGCUUCGCUGGCUCCAGGUGGUCCAUCGGCCACCGUGCGGAUGCGUCCUGCAACGGCGACAAGUCGAAUGCAGCACGAUCCUUCGCAGCAGCAGUCUCAGUUCGACGGGUUGCCAAUGCCCAAUUUCUACGGAAUCACGAGGCCAACAGGACCGAUGGGCGGUGGAGGAGUAGACAAUAUGCGACAGGCACCAUCAUUCCCCCUGGCUCCGGGAAUGGGCGGACCCCCGAGGUAUAACAACUCUUCAUUAUCAGCCUCGUUCUCGGCGUCGGCGAAACUCAAUCCCAACGCUCCGGAUUUCGCAACCAGCAGGGGAGGAGGUGGCAGUGGACCACAGCAGCAAGGCUAUCCUUCCCAAAUGUACGGCGUUGGCAAUCGAAUCUCUUUCCCUCCGUCUGGCUAUGGCCUCGGUUCAGCCAACGGUGGUGAUAUGAAACAACAUCAGCACAUGCCAAGCCAGACUUUCGGGACGGACUACCCUCCACCUAUCGGUACACCGUUUGGCGCAUCUGCCAGCGACCUUCAUCGCAUGAUGGGAUACCCCGGACCUGGAGUAGCCAACAGGAUGUCUGGUCCACCUCCAUCCACCCAAACGGGUGGGGGAUUAUUAGACGGUAAUUCGGGAGGACAGAACCAUGAUGCGUACGGGGCUUCUGGUGGCCCUCCGCAACACCAACAACAUCAACACUCUCAACAUCGUUCCAUGCAGGACGAUCAACGCAAAUUAUUGAGGCCGAUUGGUACCGAGCGAGCCAUGACUCGUCGGACUCCUGGACCACCUCACGGAGCUGGUGGUGUCGGUUUUUCACCGGCUGACCUCGGUUUGUGGGGAUAUCACACCGCUCCCGGUGCUGAUAUGAAUGCCAGUGGCGCAGGACCCAUGGCACCUCCACUUUCCGCUAUGAAUCCAUCCACUUUGCCCCCUGGCCUCAGUCCCAAUGAUUGGAUGGCACUUUCAGGACUUCAUGGGCCCAACGUGUCUGUCCCUGCACCCAACUCAAAUGACGACGGAGGCCUUUCAUAUUUGCAACAGAAGCAAGGCAUGGGGCACCAUCAUCACCACCAUCAACAUCAUCACACCCUGUUACAACGCCAGAUGGAGGGCAUGUCGGAUGGAAAUGAAUCUCUGGAUAUGCAGUUUUCAGCACAGUCAGGGGUCGGAAUGAACGGAGGGCCCAAUUCGAAUACCCCGUAUCACCAACACCAUGGAGCCGCUUUUAUGAAUGGUAUGCCUCCACCAGGCAUGCCUGGCGGACCGAUGGGACCGAUGUUUGCAGGCGGACCUGGAGAACAGCACGGAGUUGACAGCGUUAAUGGAAUGUGGAUUGGACCUGGCUCCAACAUGAAGGGUAAAGGGAGUGGGCCGUCGCCCAACUCUAUUGUGGGCGAUCAGCAACUCUCUGAUGCUGGCAUGGUUUGGUUGAAAUGGAGCCAGCAAUAAAGACACGAUAACAAAUGAUCGUGAAGACAAUGAUACAAAAAAAAAAAAGUAAAGAAGACGGCCUUUAACGGCAACAGCAACAUAAAAAUAACAGUUGGGAUAUUCAUUGUAUCUGGAAGGAAAGAGUCGACAAAAUGAGGCAAUGGAAUCUGAAGAUAUUUCCCAAUCAUGUGUAUGUGUAUUUUUUUUUGUUUAUUUUUUUUUUCCCUUUUUUUAAAUUUUCAUUUUUCCUUUGCCGUACGACCUAUUGAUGAGCGUGACUCUCGGAAUUUUUUGACCCAAUUGUCAUCUGUUAGAAUGUAGAUAUGAUUCUUUGGGUUUAGAUUAAACAUACACAACAAAACAAACAACGCAAAGAGCCAAAAAAAAAACAAGAAAAACUUAAACUUCGAAAGAUGAAAAUGAAUUAUCUGAAGGGUGCGCUAGUGUUGGGUGAAUGGUCGGUUCUUUUUUUUUAUAUUUAUGUUAUUUUGGAACGCACCUAGAAGACGAAACAACGUGCUGGAGGUACUUACGUAGAUGGAACUCGAAAAGAGUGUCGGAUGUGACCAGCCAUAUAUUGGGUAGGGAAGCCUAUAUAGACCUCCCCCUUUCCCUUAUCCUGAAAAUUUUGGUUGUCCGUCUUCCGACCCUUCCCUCUUGCAUUUGCUUUUGGCAUUCUCUUGAUUGUAUUCGAUUUUGCAAGCAAAACGUGCACAAAAAAAAGUGGGAAGCGUUUUCUUUGUCAGAUCGAAUUUUGUGAAUCCAUCUUUGCGACAUUAGUUUUUUUUCCUUCUACCUUUCCCAAGUUAAUUUACCCUCUUUGCACCUCCAUUUCUCUAUUAUCUCUUGUUUUUCAUUUUUGAUAUAAAUAACAGAGGUUGACGAUGUCAUUGGGAUUGCUGCGAGCGAAUUGUGAAUGUAGUUUGUUGGGUGUAUUAUUAUUAUCCCCCUCUCUUUGCCUUGUUACAUGCACUUUAUCUCUUUGAUCCUCUCACUGACUUCUCUUAUGCUUCUCCAUACGAGUCUUUUUUUGUUUGAUGUCGUCAAUUUCAUAAACGAGAUGGGGAUACGCAUCGUGUAGGCCUUUGUUUGGUUUUUUUCCUUCCCCAUUUCAUUUUUGUCUCGUACCCUUUGUUUUCUUUAUUUUUUGGUCCCAUAAUGCCUUGAUUCAAUUCCUUUUUUAUUUUGCCUUACAAUUUCGUUGAAAGACGGGAUCAUGUCAAUCCGUGUUAUAUGAAAACCGGCUGCUAGACCCUCCUCCCCGCUCCCUUUCCCAUUUGCUCGUUUUGCCCUCAAUUCAUUUUUUUUCACCUAUGUUUUGUACCAAGUGAAGGGUUGAGUAAAAAUAAAAACAAAAAAUACUGCAAUGACAGGAGAAACUCCCUAUUAGGCCGUCUAGGGAUAAUCUAGAAGUAAUCCAAGCAGUGAGGAAAAAAUUCCAACGGCGAUGAUGACCCAAGCAAGGCAUUCACUUUUGAUUCGUGUUGCUAGCUUCUGAGCCGUUGUCGAAUGUGCGAAGCAAAAUCGUGAGCGUGCAAUCUGGCUCCCUAACAGAUAGCGAUAAUAUUGCGUUUUAGGCUUAGUGACCCAUUUAACUUGCUGUUUUUGUUUACAGGCAUGUACAAUUGUUCUAUUUCCAAACGCGAUUAAGUAAUGGGCGUAUCAGGGGAAUAUCAAAUCUUUUUUCUCCCGCUUCAAGCUCCGAUCAGCAAACAUUACAAUUACAAUUCGGAAAAGGCAAAGUCCCGUGACCUCGAUAUGAUCAAAUGUGACUGAAUCUGAGUAGAAAAUGAAGUGGUGAAAAUAUGUAGGGUCAAAGAUCUUUUGGGACAUUAUGGCACGUAGUUGAAUCGCAAUUUGUUGCCCCCGGAGAUCGGAGUACAAGGUGGGUUGUUUAAAAUUCGAUUUACAUAAAUUGCUUGGUUACUACAUUGUUUUCGCAGGAGAUAUCAGCACUAGGUCAGAUUCCAGUUUCAAGGCCCUGUAAACAGCUAAUGGGUCGUUAUCGCUAAAGUCAAUAUCGCAUGAAAAUGUGGUUACCUGCUCUUGUCUAUUCAAGCAUACUGGACAAGUAUUUUUUGCGUCACAAGGUAGAAAGAAAAAAAAAGCCUGCUCUGGAACGCAUUGCGAAUUUAACUUAACAUUGUAAUCAGGCAUUUAAACAACAAACAUUUCUAAUAUUGCCGUGGUGAAGUGAUGCGUGAACGAGUGAAAGUACACGACAGUACCAAAUGACGCUGUCGUGUUACGUGGUUUCGAAAUCGAAAGAGACACAGGCUUACGAUGGAAAGGUUCAAUCGCCUUAAAUAUGAUUUGGCACGAAUGCGCGAAUAUAAAUAAGUCGUACUGUAGAAGCUUGAAAACCGAGUUAGCAACACUUUGAAAUUGACCGCCCGUAGAAACAACUAUUUCGUGGCAUACCGAGACAGGCUUUGAAGAGCCAAAGUUCGCGCUCUUUUUU